AUGAACCUCAUACGCCUGCUUCCAUGGGUUUUUGGGAAUGCAAUCUUAGUUUUCGCUACCGACGGUGAAAUCACUGCGCCAGCAACUUUGCUCUGCCCCGGAGCCCCUUCCCCUCGAUUCCCGCUUUUUGCCGCUGAGGGAUGGCAAGCCACCACUGUGCUGGGAAAUCUCAGCACACCCCGAGGAAUUUUACUCGACACGCGUGGUAAUCUUGUCAUCCUGGAAAGGGGAAUUGGAGUCACGGCAUAUGAAGUGGACAAGAAGGGAUGCGUGGUGCAAGGAUCCGGGAAGGUCGUUGUGGAAGACCGCAGGCUGAACCAUGCCGUUGAGCUGAGUCCUGAUGGGAAGACAAUUUUUGCAAGCAACAUUGACACGGCUUGGUCUUGGGACUACGACCCCGCUACGAGGACAGUUACCAAUCAAAAAACUCUAAUCACCGGAAUGUCUACCGUCGGGCAUUGGACCCGUACUCUCUUCUUUUCAAGGAAGAAUCCCCAUCUACUCUUGGUCAGCGUAGGGUCCGACUCUAAUAUUGACGUACCAUCGUUCGAUCCUGCCAGCGGGCGCUCGCAAAUUCGAGUGUUCGACUUGAAGACGAUUGGUGAAGGAGGGGUCGAUUACAACACUAAUGGACAAGUCCUCGGGUACGGCCUACGAAACGAUGUCGGCAUUGCAGAGGACAAGGCCGGGAUUGUUCACAGCAUCGAAAACUCCAUGGACAACGCCUUUCGCGCCGUCGACGGCAUCAGGACGGAUGUGCAUAACGACAACCCAGCAGAGAAAGUUUACAGGCUGGGCGACCCGGCCAACCCGACGCAGUUCUUCGGCGGAUAUCCGUACUGUUAUACCGUUUGGGAGCCUCGCGAUUUUGUAGACACGGACUUUAGUGUCGGCGACUGGUUCGUUCAGGAGCCCAACGCGACGACUGGCAUCACCGACUCAUGGUGCAACGAGAAAGCGAGCAAGCCGACCGUCAUCCUGCCUCCUUACACCGCGCCGCUCGAUAUGAAGUUCGGCGUGAAGAACGAUACUUCGCUCUACGUCCCGUUGCAUGGCAGUUGGAACAGAGACAUUCCCCAGGGAUACAAAGUCGUCAUAGUGCCUGGCCAGCACUCCACUGAAGGCGAAUGGUCGCCGACGGUUGGUCUCGCUGAGACGAAGGAGAUUGCGCAAGACCUUCUAUGGAACACGGAUGCGGGAGCUUGCCGCCAAGGCUGUUUCCGUCCUGUCGCUCUUGCUUGGCAUCCAUCGGGAAGAAACCUCUACGUCACGAGCGACACGACAGGCGAAGUCUUCCUCUUGAAGAGAAGUUUGAAGUUCAAGCCGGGAAAAGCAUACUAG